CUGCCCACUCUGGAUUCCCUAGACGCCGCCAAAGCUCUCGUCGAGGCAGCUUCUCCAGUAGAAGAGACCAACAAAUGGUUCAGCGCCUUCGCCAACGCCAUUCACACGAGUGACAUAGCUUCAGUUGUCGAUCUCUUCCACGAAAAGGGUUCCUGGAGAGAUGUCGUUGCCCUUACUUGGAGUCUUCGCACGCUGGGAGGAAGAAAUGAUAUCAAACGCCUUCUUGACGCACGACUCGAGGCAACUGGCCUCACAACUCUCCGAUUGAGCGAGGAGGAACGCAAAGCACCUGCUCAUGUCGCGCCGCUUCCGGACUUAGUGUUUAUUCGGUUCUGCUUUACCUUCGAGACAUUUCAUGGGAAAGGUAGCGGGGUUUGCCAUCUAAUGCCGAGCAGCCCGAAUCCCGAAGUAACCUGGAAGGCGCAUGCUCUGUUAACACAUCUUGAUACACUGAAAGUUUUUCCGGUUCAGGUAGCUGGCAUCUUUCGCAGUCGCACGGUUUUUCAUGGAACUUGGGAGGAGAAACGAAGACGGGAGUUAGAGUUUGCUAAUGGUGAUCCGGAGGUGCUUGUUAUUGGAGCUGGCCAGUGCGGCUUGCAAGUCGCUGCACAUUUGAAGUACAUGGGGGUGUCUACCCUAGUGAUCGAACGUAACGCACGAGUGGGAGACAACUGGAGAACUCGAUACAAAUCAUUAUUCUUGCACAACUCAGUUCGUAAUCUUUCGCUAACCCAUUCUUACUCAUUUAUUAACUUGCACAGAUUCCCCUCCACUUGGCCAUAUUUCAGCCCUGCACCCAAACUCGGCGACUGGUUUGAAGGUUACGCUAACCUCUUGGACCUCAACGUCUGGACGUCAUCUAGUGUUGUGGAAACAGUCUGGGAUGACACAACAAAAACUUGGAAUGUGGUCAUCGAUCGUGGAGGAACGUCGCAUCGCUCGAAGGUUAAACACAUCGUCCUUGCGCCUGGCCAUGGGGGAAGCAUUCCGCGAUCCCCAGAUUUUUCCGGGAAGAACUGCUACCGCGGCAGGGUACUUCAUUCUUCAGAAUACAAAGCAGGCUCUGGCUAUGUUGGCAAGAAAGUGGUUAUUGUGGGUGCAUGCAACUCAGCGCACGAUAUCGCGCUGGAUCUAUGCAACCAUAACGUCGACGUGACCAUUAUACAAAGGUCUUCCACUUUUGUUAUCUCACAACAGGCCUUGGUAGCUGGACAUGCAGGUGAUCUAUACAAUGACGACUUCCCGAUCGAGCUUGCCGAUCUUCUCGAGUCUGCACUGCCCUGGUCAACGCAAAAAUCGAUCACACAACACACUACUCCUCGGGUGGCCGGAACGACCGACAAGGCUUUGCUUGAAGGCCUCAAGCGUGUUGGAUUCCAGACGAAUCUGGGCCCUGAGGGAGCCGGCCUCAUUGCCCUGGUUUACGGACGCGGGGGAGGUUUCUAUAUCAACACUGGUGCAAGUGAUAAAAUCAUAGAUGGUAGCAUCAAGCUAAAGAGUGGCUGUUCGGUUGGACACUUCACCACACAUGGUCUGGCACUGGAUGACGGAACUGAGUUUCAAGCGGAUGUAGUUAUUCUUGCCACGGGCUUUGGCGACCUACGUGAUAGCGUGAGGUUGAUGUGUGGCGAGGAAGUUGCGCAGAAGGUCGGGCCUAUGUGGGGGUUGGACGAUGAAGGCGAACUACGUGGCGUCUGGAAGGAUAGCGGACACGAGGCUCUUUGGAUUGCAGCCGGAAACCUAUCACGAGCACGCAUUCACAGCAUGCAUUUAGCCUUACGUGAGACGCACUCUGAACAUUCUGUGGCUUCUCGCUCACCACGGUCUAACAGAGAUUAA